UCACGUCACCUGCGUCCAGGUGACUUUUACUUUUAUUGUCGGUUCUCUCGUCCGCGCGCGUGUAACUCAGAAAGAUAAACAUGGUGAGCAUUGUGACUAGAUUUGCCACUCCUUGGGAGAUGUUUACCAAAUGUAUGCCCAUCAUCUUAAACACGGUGCUUGUCUUUUCGAUCACCGCGGAAGUAAGCUACCUUGUCAUUGUAGAAGCCCCACUUGAUUCUGAUCAGAAGAAAGCAGCAUGGACAACGAUAUGGCAGGCGGUGCAUCUUUUUUGUCAGUAUUUCAUGCUUGGAAAUAUAACGUGGAACGCCUGGUUGUUUGUGAAAACAACCCCAAGCAUUCGUGGAGUGUUCCUGGGUGGAGAGGCAAUGGGGCAGGGCUGGAGGUACUGCUAUGCCUGCGAAGCGCACACGCCGCCGCGCUGCUCCCACUGCUACGACUGCAACGUGUGCGUGCUGCGGCGCGACCACCACUGCGUCUUCUUCAACCAGUGCGUGGGCUUCCGCAACUACCGCUACUUCUUCUGCUGCCUGCUGCACAUGUGGGCCGGCCUGCUGUACGCUGUGGUCAUGAACGCUGAGGUCUUCAUCGUCAUCCUGAAGGAGGGGGUGACGCUGCACAGCAUCAUGCUGCUGUUGGUGCCAUGGAUCAUGCUCGUCUCAGGCCAGGUAACGGCGCAGGCCUUUGCGUUUGCCUUCAUCGCUGACACCUGCGUGGUGGGCUUCCUGCUGGUGGCCGGCUUCCUCUUCUUCCACGUGGGCCUGAUGGUGCGUGGCCAGACCACGCGUGAGUGGCACUCCAGCCGCCGGCCGUACAACCUGGGCAUCCGCCACAACAUUAUAGAGUGCCUGGGCACCCGCUGGUACCUGUGCUGGCUCUGCCCGCUCGUCCCCUCCCCCCUACCCGGAGAUGGCAUUAACUUUAAGGUGACUGGCUCCCUGGAACCAGUCCGACAAUGAUGCAUAGGAUGAGUGACUUUUAUAUGGUGGCUGAGGAGCCACAGGUGAGAUAUGGAAGAGCAUGGUAGCACCAUGGGGACUGAGCUGGUUAUGCCUGAAUUUUAGCUGCUGAAGAAGCAGCAGUUAUACCUGGAUUUUAGUUGCUGAAGAAGAUUUGAUAAGCACUGUCUGAAGAACCAGCAUUGAG